CAUGGUGCCCCGCUGUGACCCCGAGACUGGAGCCUGCCUGUGCCACCCCGGCUUUGUUGGCAGCCGCUGCCAGGAUGUGUGCCCAGCGGGCUGGUUUGGCCCCGGCUGCCAGAUGAGGUGCGCCUGUGCCAACGACGGGCACUGCCACCCAGCAACUGGACGCUGCAGCUGUGCCCCUGGGUGGACCGGCCUCAGCUGCCAGAGAGCCUGUGACAGUGGGCACUGGGGCCCCCGACUGCAGACACCCCUGCAACUGCAGCGCAAGCCACGGGAGCUGUGACCCUGUCAGUGGCCUGUGCAUGUGCGAGGCCGGCUACACAGGCCCAC